AUGCCUUCCAUGGAUCUUUCGCCUAAACCAGAAGAUUAUAUCUUGCAGGGUCCUGUUUUCAAUCCAGUGAGUGAUCAUUUUUAUUUUCUGCCUGCCCUGAUGAGUUGUAGAUACUGCUGGUGGGAAAUAUCCUAAUUUCAUAAUCAAGUAUAAUUCUAAGGAAGGGGAGGGAGGGAGAGAGAGAAGGAAGGAGAAAUAGUCUGCCAUGCUACCUUUCUAGGUUUUAGUGGACAGCCUGGAAAUGUGAUUUUUUAAAAAUAAAAAAAAGUUAACCAAACACCUGUUUGCUUCUGAGUAAGCUGUGGGCGGCCCAUGCAGCCAGCUGAGAUUAAGGCUGCCAAAUGUCUGGUUUAAAAAAAGAACCAGGAUCUGCAGAAAUUUACAAGCAGGACAAACUGCACUUGGCCACAGGUCAUAAAACUGUGUUGUUCAUUAUGUUACGUAAAGCUGAUUUUAAAUAAAGAACAGUGGAAGGGCCCAGCUCAAAAGGAGUGGCUUUUUAAAUGGUAGGCUUGCCAUUCCAUUUUGUUUUUCGACUAGCCUUCCUCAUGUGCUUCCAGCUAAUGCUGAAACUCUUUUCCCCCCCCCCGCCCCAUCCAUGCUGAAGCAAUAAAUUAAUUGCAUGACUGAUUUGUCAGCCCAGAGAGCAUCACCCCAGGCUCUGUGUUCUCCUGGCACCUAGAGAGGUCCAACUGCAGACAUCCCCCACCAAGCCUGGUCUUCGUUUGCAGCCUCCCAGCUCUGCAAAGUGAUAUUGCUUGUGCCCUGCAGAUGUUUUGGACUACAAAUCCCAUCAGCCCCUGCAUCAUAUGUCUCUGCCGGCUGGGUCUGAUGGGAGUUGUAGUCUAAAACAUCUGGUAAAAAGGUAAAGGAGCCUUGACAAUUAAGUUCAGUUGCAAACAACUCUGGGGCUGCAGUGCUCAUCUCACUUUACUGGCCGAGGGAGCCAAUGUUUGUCCACAGACAGUUUUUCCGGGUCAUGUGGCCAGCAUGACUAAGCCGCUUCUGGCGAAACCAGAACAGCGCACGGAAACGCCAUUUACCUUCCCGCCGGAGUGGUACCUAUUUAUCUACUUGCACUUUGACAUGCUUUCGAACUGCUAGGUUGGUAGAAGGCAACAAAGCCGUCAAAGGCAUCCCUUGGUCUCCUAAUUGUUCUCCCUUUGCAUUUGACUUGGGGCGGGGGAGGAUUCCAGCAUCAAGAAACUCACCCAUCUAUUUCCUGACCUGGCAGAGGAGGGCAGCAUUGGAACUCAGGAUCUUGGUAGCCUUCAGAAGUGAAUGGAGGACAAGCAUUAGCUGGGAUAUGGUGUCUCGCUGCCAUCUGACCAGCAGGCUCUGGAUUCCAAAAUCCGCAACCCCAUCGCGGUUGGUUCACUCUUGGGGCAUUUCUGGAGCAUGUGCAGAGUGCCGGCUGAACCAAGCACCUCUGUAGCACUGGGCAGGAAGGGCAUCUCGUUUGCUCAGCCAAGCCUUUAAUGCUUGACUCUGUGUGUGUCUGUGUCCAUUUUUCAGAUCGUUCCUUACAUCACCUCCAUCUUUGGCAGCUUGGCCCCUGGGAAAAUGGUUUCCAUCCAGGGAGCAACCCCAAUGGAAGCGGAAAGGUAAGAAUAAAAUAAAAAUCACAUUGUUUAAAGAGAGGAGGACUGAGAGCUUUUGUCUUUCCAGUGUGUUAAUCUUUCCGGAGGAAGGAGAAAGGAAAAGGGGAGAGGAAGGAGGCUUUCCUGCUGAAUCACGCCAAGGAUAAUGCUAAGGUUGCAGCUUCGAUCCCCGUAUUGGACAACUGCAUAUUCCUGCAUUGCACAGGGUUGGACUAGAUGAUCCUUAGUGUCCCUUUCAGCUAUACAAUUUGAUGAUUCUAUUAUUCUGCUUCUGGCAGAAGUCAUUUCCAAGAAACCCACAUGGGGCACAAAAAUGAGGGCAGCCCCCAGUCGUUUGUCCCCACCACAACUGGUAUUUGGAAGCAGACUGCCUCUGAACACGGACGUUCUCUGUCCUAAGAGCCAUGAAUAAAUUUCUAUCGUCCUUAUUUUAAGUUAACAUCUGAUCAUUUUUAGUGCUCUAUUUACUGUGUUUUAAUCUCAUGUGUAAGGGACGCGGGUGGCGCUGUGGGUUAAACCACAGAGCCUAGGACUUGCCGAUCAGAAGGUCGGCGGUUUGAAUCCCCGCGAUGGGGUGAGCUCCCGUUGCUCGGUCCCUGCUCCUGCCAACCUAGCAGUUCAAAUGCACAUCAAAGUGCAAGUAGAUAAGUAGGUACCGCUCCAGCGGGAAGGUAAACGGCGUUUCCGUGCACUGCUCUGGUUCGCCAGAAGUGGCUUAGUCAAGCUGGCCACAUGACCCGGAAGCUGUAUGCCGGCUCCCUUGGCCAGUAAAGUGAGAUGAGCGCUGCAACCCCAGAGUCGGCCACGACUGGACCUAAUGGUCAGGGGUCCCUUUACUAAUCUCAUGUGUGCUUAUUUUGCACAGUAUUUUCUGUUGUAAGUUGAAUUCUUUUGGCAUAAAGGGAUGGGGAAAAAAUGAAUGAAUAGCAGUGAGCACCUCUUGCAGCAGUGAAUUCUGUAAAUUAGCUCUGUGAAGAAGUCUGUUAAUUUUUCUGUCCAGUACCUGCUGCUACCCACAGUUUUGACCAUAAAGGGCUUACUCAACACAGGUCAUUCUGGCUCCCUUAACCACCUUCUGUUCAAACCUCAGACUCCUCCAAGUAAAUCAGUUGGUAAACUCAAAACAGUAUUUUCCAUAUAAAAUUUAAGAAUAGUUGCAGGGUGCUAAGCAACAGGUGCUAAAAACAUAUUUAACACAAUUCCAGUACAGAUGCAAACUGACUAUGAAAGAUGUUGGAAGAGGAGAGUCUUCAGUAGGUUCUGCAAAGACAGUUGAUUAUGUAAUACAAGUCAAUUUAUUUGUAAUAACCUUGACUCUGCUUUAUGUACUGUCAUCUAUAUUUCACUGAAUGAAACAGGUUUUUUGUUUGAUGUCCUCCAUUUAAAAAAAAAAAAAUGAAAGGAAUUCACUUCUUUAAAUUAUUCUUCCUGCUUUUCCCCACUCUUGAUUCAGGUUUCAGGUUGACUUCCAGGCCGGCUCCAGCUUGGCACCACGGGCUGAUAUUGGCCUCCACUUCAACCCCCGGUUCCGUUCGCGUCCCUACACAAUCUGCAACUCUCUAAGCAACGGCCUCUGGAUGGAGGAGGUGAAAUUCCCCCACCUGCCCUUGAAAAGUGGCGACUCUUUCCUACUGCUGUUUCUCUUUGAACAAGAUCAUGUGAAGGUGAGGAGGUUCACAGAAGAGACACCUGGCUGCUGGUCCAGGCGAAAGGCCCAUCUAGUUCACAAUCUUGUUUCCACAAACUAGAGUUUGUGUUUCUCCUCCUCAGGUGAGCGUAAAUGGACAGCACUAUCUCCAGUAUAUGUUCAGCUUGCCACUGGACCGAAUGAACACGCUGAGAAUAUCUGGCGAUGUCAUCCUGAGAGCGAUAGCCUUUUUCCCUAAAAAUGUACGGUAUUGUGUUGAGCACUUUUAAAAUCUCUCUUUAAAAUAUACAUAUUUCCUCAAUCCAGACUCAUAUAAAUUAAUAUAGGCAGUCCAUAUAUCCAAAUAGGACUGCCUAGAAAGGAAAGUGAGAUGAUAGAAUCUUUGAGUUGGAAGGGACCCAAGGGUCAUCUAGUCCAACCCCCUGCAAGGCAGGACCACUGAGGCUUAGGGUGGUAUGCAACUUUUAAUGCCUAAGAAGUUCAUAAAAUGAGGAUCCAGAGUGGGGUUUUUCCCUCCCUCCCUGAUAUCAGAACUCCAUUUUUUUGUGAACUAAGGUGAUUAGCAGUAGGUUCAAGAAGUAUUUCUUGAUGCAAAUGAUAUAGAAUUAAAAAUAAAUAAAUAGAUCUUUCCUGAGGAGAAAAUUUAGAAGGAAAGCGAAUGUGACAAAGGAAGCAAACUACUGUACAUCAUGGGAGAGGCCUACUUCCCAAAGUGUUCAUCCCACCUUUGACCUGUAGGUGGAGCUGUCACCCAACCUGAUAGCCCUGUGGUGCCAAUUGUGGCUCACUCACUGCCACAAGUUGUGGGGAUGUGGCUUCUAGCUGGGAUGGCUGUAAAAAGAAUGGGAAAACUCAAGGACGAGGUGGCCUGCCACGUGGCUAGUAAAUGGAACCACAGGCAGCGUAUUUCUGAUUUGUGCUGGCUGGGGAGAGUUAAACACUGGGGAAGGGGCUUUGAGUUCCUGCAGGCAUUUGGCUGGCCACUGUCAAAAUAGGAUGUUGGAGAUCAACAGCAGCCUCCGCCAACUGAGCACCCUCCAGAUGUUUGGGGCUAGAACAUGGCUAGGGCUUUGGGGAGUUGUAGUCCCAAAUAUGUGGAGAACCUUAGUUGGAGGAGGCUGCUAUAUGCUAUCUUUGGGGCAAUAAAUAAACCAGACCCACAUCCCACUGAGGCUUCCCAGCCCCAUUCCUGAAAAACAAAUAAAAACCCAGGUUUAUGCAAAGCUUCAAACACUUGCAUUUUGAAUUAUGCAAGAGGAGUGGUUUGCAGAAGAUGCUAAGGGAAGCCAUGGGGCUGGGAAAGUGUCUUGGGUAUUCCCCACGUUGGAAGCUCCUGCUGUCAGAUUUACGACCUGUUGUUGAUCCGUGCUGCGUCUUGUUCUUCUUGUUCUGUCCUCUCUCUCUUCUUGUGUGCAGCCUUUUGAUAUCUACAGAACAGAAUACCCUGUUGCCCCAGUAAGUAUAUAUUUAUUUAUUGAAUUUAUUGAAUUUUUUAAUUUUGUUUUGACUUUUAGAAGACAUCUGAAGGCAGCCCUGUAAAGGAAGCUUUUAAUGUUUUAUUGUGUGUUUAUAUUUUGCUGGAAGAGAGUAGAUGGGGCAACCCAGUCAUUUGGGCAGUAUGCAGUCUAGUCAAGCAGUGCAUAAGUUUGUGUUUGAAAUAAAUAGUAAAUAAACAUUGGGGAAGCAUCACAGAAGAGCUCAUAAAGGGGGAAUGUGUGGCCAGUCCUGCACAAACCCACUAAUAAUGCACUAUUAUGACAUCUGUGACAUAUUGCAGAAGAUAUCCCCACCCCACAAAAAAUAACAUCUUCAAUAGUCCCAGUCUCCCUCUCCCGCCUCCCGCCUCCUGCCCAAUUCCAAUCCCAUUUUCAAGCCAGUGCAUGGGAGUCUUAUCCUGAUUUUUGUCUCUCCCCCACCCCCACUUUCUUUAUUUCUUUCCAUAGCAUCUGUUCAAGAGCAGAGCCGUUCUGGUGAGUCUAAAUACACCCAUUGCCUUUAUUUUCUCCUGUGGCUUAGUGGGGUAGCUUCUCCAGCAGCUAACUUGCUCCUUGCUAUUUCUCUCACUUUUCAGGAUGUCCCCCUUUCCCAUCUGCUCCCUGAGAGCCUCAGGCCGAGAGACACAAUGACAGUGAGAGGCUUGGUGUGUCAGGACCCCAAAGAGUAAGUAGACCCCCCCCCCCACUUUCCACCCCCCUUUGCACUUGCUGCCCACUCUUUUGUGGUAGAUCUUACAGUCGGGGCUUGGCAAAUGGGGAGAAAAAUACAGUGGUGCCUCGCAAGACGAAAUUAAUCCGUUCCGCAAGAGUCUUCGUCUAGCGGUUUUUUCGUCUUGCGAAGCAAGCCCAUUGACGGAUUAGCGCUAUUAGCGCUAUCAGCUGUUUAGCGGCUAUUAAAGGCUUAAAGGCUUAGGGGAUUAGCUGCUAAAAGGCUAUUAAAGGCUAUUAAAGGCUUAGCAGAUUAGAUAAAGGGGAGGAAAAGCGAAAAAAAUCUCAAGACUCGCAAGGUAUUUUCGUCUUGCGAAGCAAGCCCAUAGGGGAAUUCGUCCUGCGAAGCAACUUCAAAACGGAAAACCCUUUCGUCUAGCGGUUUUUCCGUCUUGCGAGGCAUUCGUCUUGCGGGGCACCACUGUAGAUCCAAAUCUCUGUUCUGUAUGAUGUAGGAAUAUAAGGAGCUUUGUAAGUCAGACCACUGCUCCAUCUAGCUCUGUAUUACUGUGUGUGAUACAAUUUACUACCCACUCUCCACCCUAAGGUGGAAUUGUUUCCCUUCUUUCCUUUACUUUUUCCUUACUUCCUUCUUCCCCUGCUUCUCUUUUCUUCUCUUUCCUCCCCCCCCCACCCUUCUCUUUCUUUUCUUUUCUGUGGUGUCCCCUAUCUCAUAUACCCGUCUUGGUUAUUACUGUUAUUACUAUUGGUUUUGUUUUAAUGCACCUCUCUCCAUUGGUUUGCUGUGUGUGAGUAUGUUUUGCAUUUUGCAUUUACAGUCGUACCUUGGUUUUCAAAUGCCUUGGAAGUUGAACGUUUUGGUUCCUGAACGAUCAAAAACUGAAAGUGAUUGUUCCGGUUUUCAAAGGUUCUUUGGAACCCGAACGUCCUACAUGACUUUUGCAGCUUCCAAUUGGCUGCAGGAGCUUCCUGCAGCCAAUCGGAAGCCGUGCCUUGGUUUCUGAACAUUUUGGAAGUCGAACGUACUUCCUGAACAUUUGACCUCCGAGGUACCACUGUAUUGCUAGUGUGGUUUCUCAUGGACAGCAUAAGGGUGUUUGAGUGUGUGGUCACAUCUGAGGAAAAGUGCUGUCUUCCUCCCAUUUGCUUUCAACCUUUUGUUGUUGGGGCAACCCCUCCUCCCCCCUCGCAAAAAAGCAAUGACGAGACAGCACUAAGACGUCUGAACUACAUGACAAUGACAAAGGUGGUUGUCUGAGCUUUAUUUAAUUAAGAAAACAGAUAAAAAAUGGAACAAAUGCUUGAGUCCUAGAACUUUGGUUCCACCUUGGAGACCAUCCCAAGGAAUCCAGAACUCUUCAAGAAUCCCGAGAUAAAUUUGGAUGCGGAGGACAACAGCUUUGGAAGGCUCCCUUCCCUUGCAGCCUGUUUCCCAAAUUACCUUUAUUAACAGAUUCAGCCUUGAUGACUCUUCCAGGUUCUGCAUCAGCUUGAAGAAAGACCCUUCGCACGUCUCCUUCAGCUUCCGCGUUUGCUUCACGGACCAGACGGUGUCAUGGCGCUCAUUUUGGGACAGAGGCCAAGAGUCUGGGGGGAAGGUGUCUGAGGGCUUCCCCUUCUACCCCCAGCGAUACUUUGAGGUAAGAAGAGACGUUGAACGUCUUAAGUUCCAGUUUCCCAGGAAACCUCAGACAGGCCUGGUUCACGUGAUAUACUGAGAGAUAUGCUCAGUGGGGCAGUGGCGGCGUCAUGGUUAGACAAGGAAAUUGGAGACCAGAGUACUAUUCCCCACUCGGCCACAAAACUGACUGGGUGUGACCUUGAGGGCCAGUCACUCCCUCUCAGCCUGGCCUACCUCACAGGGUUGUGGUGUGUUGAGCAUAACAUGGGAGUGGGUAGGAGAACCAUGUAGGCAAACCUUGAGCUCCUUGCAGGGAAGGUGGGAUAUAAAUGUAAUGAAGUAAAUAAUAAAAUAAGCCAGGGGUUACCAAUGUGGCCCUGGUGGGUGUGUUGGCACCCUUUCUCUGGUGCUCACAGAGCCCCCACCCUCACGUCCCUCUUUGCCAUGAGGGGGGCGAGGAUAAUUGUCUUUUUUAUCCUUGAAAUAUACAUAUAUUCUAGUACACCCUAGAAUAGCAAGUUCAUUCACCACCAGCCCUCCCUUUUGCCCCUCCUCACUCCCUCUGCAAGGGUUGCCAAGUCAGGUGCACGCAGGGAAGGAGCCGAGAAGUUUAUGAGCUACAUUGCUAAAGAGUUUUAUUUCUAGUUACGCAGACAGAAAAGAAACAUGCAUGCUCUCUCUGUGAAAGCAGAGAGCAACUGAAACAAAGGAACAGGAAACCAGUAACAUCACGUCCAUCUCCUGUCUUCCGUGAGACUUCCAAUAGUCUGGAAUGCCUCUGGAAUGCAAAACAGAGUCUUGUGACUCCAAGAGCACUGCACAGUGGCAUAAACAGAAACCAACAUCCCUGAGAUUUCAGGGCCCAAACCUGAGAUCUAGGGACAGCCCCUGGUGAAGUCAUGGGGGGGGGGCUCUGCUGAUUCGUCAUCUAGUCCAACCCCCUGCAAUGCAGGAAUCCUGCCGACAAACUGUCCCUGGGUGGGCUCAAACCACAAACCUUCUGCUUAACUGCCAGGUGCACCGACCCAUUACACCACAGGAGAGAAAGGCCUUAGCCUGUCCAUGGGAGGAUAACAAAGAAAGAGCCAUUCUAGCCUCUCUUGAGAGGGAAUCCCGGAAUCUGGGAGCAGCCACAGAAAAGGCUCAUUCUCAGGUCCCCACUAACCACGACUCUGAUGUUGGUGGGACUGAGAGGAUGUGCUCAACCAAGGAUGUUAGCACUUGUUGGGGAGGUACAGCCUUUCAGGCUGCCUGGACUCCAACCAAAAACAUGGGGACACAUGAGAGCACCCACCCUAUAAUAAUGCUUGGGAGAAAAGUUGGACUUUGUGGCACCAGCCCCCUGGAAUCCCCUUCCUUAGAUGUGACACAACACUAAGAGCCCAUGAUCAAGUUGCAGUAUGCUUUGCCCCGGAGACAGAACGUAAGAAGAGAUUGUUGCAUUAAGCCAAUGGGGUUGGAUAAGGUUGACUUAUUAGAGCGUUUUCUUCUGUAGAGAAAAUGUCCUUUCGCUCGCUCAUGGGGUAUUGCGAGUUUUAUAGGGAUGUGCCUUUCCUUUUUGAUUUUGGUGGCUCUUGUUUAUGAUGGUCAAGCCAGACCUUUUGAGGUCAGUUUUCCUUUUUAGGCGCUCAACCACUGCCAUGAUGUCCUAUCAGGCUAAAAUGAGCAGAUAACAGCAAAGGUUGCUAGGUUCAUAGCAGGGGCAAUCAGAAUAAGGGCCACUAACUGACUGCUGAUUCAGGACUUUAAAUUGUGCUCUUAUAUCAAAUUUCCCUUUCUGCCUAUACUGUAAUGUUUUACUUGUUGCUAUGGUCAUUGGCUAAUGCGAAUAAAGUUUUAUCUAUCUAUUCAGCCAAUGGCCAAUCUCGUCCAGCAUCUUCUUCUGACAGGCGGCCCCAGCCAACCAUUUGUGGUCCUUGGACACGCCUUCCUCGCUAAUCCCUUUUUCUCCCCUAGCUGCUCUUCCUCUGCCAAGAAGACCACCUGCAGCUGGCCCUGAAUGGGACCCCCCUUGGUCCUCAGUGCAUCCCUCACCCCGCCACUGACGCCAUCAAGGAGCUGGCUGUGGAUGGAGACGUUGUGCUUUACAGCACCCAGGUUCGGUCUUCUCUUCCGAGUUGUAGCGCAGCUGCUUUGAAGAUCCAAAGAUAA